UCUUCCCUUCCUCCCUCCCCACCUCCAUCCCUCCCUCCCUCCCUCCCUGCCGCCGGAGCGCCCGCGGCCCGCGCCCCUCGGCCUCCCCCGCGGCCCGCAGGGAAGAGGAUGGCGGAGAGCGAGGCCGAGACCCCCAGCACGCCCUGCGAGUUCGAGAGCAAGUACUUCGAGUACAAUGGGGUGCGGCUGCCGCCCUUCUGCCGCGGGAAGAUGGAGGAGAUCGCCAAUUUCCCGGUGAGGGACAGCGACGUCUGGAUCGUCACCUAUCCCAAAUCAGGCACAGGCUUGCUGCAGGAAGUGGUGUAUCUAGUGAGUCAGGGAGCUGAUCCAGAUGAGAUUGGACUAAUGAAUAUAGAUGAGCAGCUUCCAGUCCUAGAGUACCCUCAGCCCGGUCUGGACAUCAUCAAGGAGCUGACGUCCCCUCGCCUCAUCAAAAGCCACCUGCCCUAUCGGUUUUUGCCUUCGGACCUGCACAACGGCAACUCAAAGGUAAUAUACAUGGCUCGAAAUCCCAAAGACCUGGUGGUGUCUUAUUACCAGUUCCACCGCUCCCUAAGGACCAUGAGCUACAGAGGAACGUUUCAGGAGUUCUGCAGAAGGUUUAUGAAUGACAAGUUAGGAUAUGGUUCCUGGUUUGAACAUGUGCAAGAGUUUUGGGAACACCACAUGGAUGCCAAUGUACUUUUUCUCAAGUAUGAAGAUAUGCAUAAGGACCUAGCGACAAUGGUUGAGCAGCUGGUGAGGUUCUUAGGAGUUUCUUAUGACAAAGCACAGCUGGAAUCCAUGGUGGAACACUGCCAUCAACUCAUUGAUCAGUGCUGUAAUGCAGAGGCUCUUCCUGUUGGCAGGGGACGAGUUGGGCUAUGGAAAGACAUCUUCACUGUUUCAAUGAAUGAGAAAUUUGAUUUAGUUUAUAAACAGAAGAUGGGAAAAUGUGACCUCACAUUUGAUUUUUAUUUAUAAAAAAUGCAUGCAUAUGAUAUCCAGAUAUAGCUAGAAGUGCUUUAUGCAUUCAUUUAUUACCUGCUGGACAAACUACUGUAGCUAUUAUGUGUAAUAAGAUUUAAAGAAAGAAAAACAAUCUAAGUAAACCAUAUCAGAUGCAAUUAUCUUUGAUCCUGAACAGCUGUUUAUCUUCUAGUAUUUAAGUCCUUUGUCCACAUGCAAGAACUUCUCAGACAAUACUAGAACAUGCAGCUGUUAUGGAAUGUAUUAUAUAGGUAUAAGGUAUGUAUAAUAUAUGCAACUAGAAUGUACACCUUUUCAGCCCCACAUUGAUUAUUUAAUGUGUUUUAUAAAAGCUCGUCACUAGAACCGAAAUGAACAUCCGUAAACCAAAUAAAAAUUUAUUUCUGAGGGAAACAAGUAACAGGCCAAAACAGUAUGCUAGAAUGAUCUCAGGGGUUAAUUGUCACAUUUAUUUUUAUAGCAGGUAAAGCCAAGUAUAAAUAAAUCCCAUUCCAAAAUAGGAACUAAUCCAAGUGGGGUUCACAUUUGGUUCUGCACACCCUUAUCUGUGUGAUUUGAGCAGGUUCUGUGCACUGGCACACUCUGGGAGACAGGGCUUGUUCUGAUUUACAGCUGUGAUUGUCAGCCUGAUCCCAAAUCCCACCCAUGCCUUUAUGGACACAGCUCAGAGCUGACUUCUUGAUGGAGGCAGUUCAGCUCCAUGCCCAGGGACAGCAGAUAGAAGAUUCUUAAGCCCUCAGCUCUAGGUCACUCCCUCGAAAUGGGGCUUAAAAGCCAGGAAUCUGGUGCAGGGACUUCCCUGAAAAAUCAGUCUCCAACCCAUGUCACUUUGCUGUGUGAAUUUCUCCCUGUAAGGGCAGCCCCAAAAGUUAAGGUGCUGAAAAAGCUCCAGUUCCACUAAAAGUUGAGGGCACUUAGCACUGCUUAUGGGUUGUUCUCCUGGACUCCACCAGGCCUAAGGGGGAGAUCUGUGCCAGUGUAAAGCAGGCAAAGGGAACUGCAGCAUCCGAGGAAGAGAGUUGAUGGAUAUGCCAGCAGGUGGGAGUAUUGCACAAAUAUCCAUGCACAAUACGUUCCAGGAAUUGUUAGCCAUGACUGAUCUGGAUUAUAAUCAGGAUUCAAGUUUAUUUCUCUUAUCUUUUUUUGGUCUCUACACAAACAGCCUGAAGGAGGCUACUAUCACUACAGAACUCUCCCAAAUUAUUUUAUUGUUCCAUUAUGAAAUGACAUCUAUGCUUUUUAGGUUCUCAGCUGCAGGAGGCCCAUUUUUUGCUAGUCAAAUGUUCAGGCUCACCAAAAACUAUGAGGAAGGACUAGUUUUUAGUGUUUCAGUUCUGUUGGGAAACUGUCAGUUCAGCACUGGCAAGUGGUGUAGCAUGAUGUGGCUUGACAGCACUUUUCCUUGUAUAUUUGUGAGUGAAAAUGCUUUCAGUGAAAUUUUAUUUCUAUUUUUAUAUUUUUAGUACUGUAUGAAUAUUAAGCACUACACAUUAUACUUCUGUGCUUGCUUGCUUACUGAAUAAAAGAUGUGUUCUGUG